AUGGCUUCUUCCUUACCAAAUCUCUCUUGUUUAAGUGAGGAAGAAAAAAAAAUACUUAAUGACAACGGUCUAAACCUUCCCCUUUCUACCGAGACACCUCCAACAUUCGAUUAUGCUAAAUAUCGGCGUGUUCUUCACAUUGGCGGUUUAUAUCACCACUUGUGGUGGUGGUGUAACCUUCGAAGAGACGAAUGUAUAGGUGCAGAAGGUCGUUGGAUACUAACAGAAUUGCUUCUAAAACUUUUUAUAAGUCGUUGUCCCGCUAUAUAUCGAUUUUCUUGUGAUGCUACUUGCUUACUAGAGAAAUAUGAUAUUACAUCUUAUCCGGGGGCCGAGUCUUGCUUACCGCACAUUCGACGGUUAACUCUUACCGGGAAAAGAUUACGUAAAUAUUUUGAGAAAUUUUCCAUCUGUCAUGGUAUACGCCAAUUAAAGACAUAUCUACCUAUAUAUGAAUGGGAUACCGAAAAGCAAUGUAGAGAUAUUGAAAAGUUUGAAGCUGAAGCGGAAGGGUUGGUCGAUUUCAUUCAAGCCCAAAAUAAUUUGCAAGAUUUAGAACUUCAUGGGGAUUAUUAUGGUCAUGAUACUGGUGGUAGAAUCAUUCAAGCUUUGGAAAGUCAAGCAAAGUCAUUGGUGCGUUUAAAAUUGAGUUACGUUCGUUUUGAAGGUCAUCCACCAUUUUAUGGAAUCGGUGCUUGCAAGAAUUUGGAAAUAUUGGAAUUUGAUGGUUGUGAUGGAUUAACUAGUGAGAUGUGCGCCCCGUUGAUAACUUCAUCAUUACCUCGAUUAUCACAGCUUAAUAUUUCAAAUUCUGAUCUUCCUGUUGAUAUCGUGUCGGCAUUGUCGAGUAAUGCUAAUACAAGUUUGCUUGAAGUUACUUUGUGUUCCACGCAAAGUUCUGAAUAUUUAGUGCAAGUCAUUGAAGCCCUUGUAAGCCAUUGCCCGAAUAUCACCAAAUUUGAAUCAAAUCAGAUUCAUGGUACCGAAGAGGUAUCUGCGAUCUGUUCACUUUUGAGCAAUUCGCAGCAUCUUGAAAGCUUAUCUAUAUACGGAGCAAGCUUGGACGCCGAAAAAUUCUUACCCGCGAUAGGGCAAUCAAUACCUAAUAGUCUUCGGAGACUUUGUAUUUCAUCUGAAUGGCAGUUUACAACGACUGCAUUUGAAUCAUUUUUGGAACAUUGUAAAGCACCAUUGACCUGGUUAACGCUGUCCGGAUGUGAAUGUAUUACCGAUGAAUAUCUGGAGCUUGUAGUACAGUAUUUGGGAAAAACGUUACAAUAUCUUGGUGUAUAUCGUGCGGUAUAUACCAGGAUGGAAUCUUUUGAAAGAGUUAGGAAGGUUAUACCCGAGGUUAAUGCACCUGAAGAGGGUCAUUUAAGAUUUUAUCAAAGACGUUGUCAACGCGACGAUUGA